UUUUAGUUUUGUUCGAGUCACGUGACACCUUCGGAACGGUUGUUUUGGGCGCGAAGAUCAAAUCCCGAGUUUAACGUGUUUUAAAAGGAAGCUGACUUUUUUAGGCUCUCUGAAAUACAGAUUAAGAUGGCGGGGAUUGAAGUAUUCACGCCAGUGUUUAGAACACCAGAUAUGGCGUCUCCCGCUUCUCGACGACGCCGACCUCUAGCUCUGGUCAGUACAAACCAAUCCAGCAAUUUAUCGGUAAAUGACGAUGCCGCUGAGAAGAGGCAAAGGCGGAUUUCUAGAGUGACUAGUGUGGCGUUGUCAAGUCCUUCAACUCCUCGAAGUUCCAGCCGCUUGGACAGCGAAAGAGGGCAAACUGCAAGUGGUCUCACUAAUUGCCAGCUUAAGGACCUGUACUCAAACUGCAUCAAGCUAUCAACAGAAAAUAAAAUUAAUUCUAAGAAUGCUUUUGGGCUUGAUUUGAUCGACUACAUGCAAGAUUUGAUCAAAACAGUCAAAGAAGGAGAAAUGACUAACUUUCAGGUUGCAAGCUGUACAUUGGACGCAAGUGCUAAAAUCUAUGCUGGCCGCGUAGACUCCAUUCAUGCCCAAGCAUAUAAAAUGUUAGGGGGACUGGGUAGAGCUGAGAACCAAGAUGAAGAAAAUUGUGCUACUGAGGAAGGAGCCGCAGACGAUGAACAGUCCAAUAAAAAGAGAAACAAAAAGAACAAUCAUAAGCCAGGCAACACCAUAGAGACCAACAAAAAGAACCUUAAUGUCAACCAGUUCGACUUGGAGUUUGAGGUCGACCCUUUGUUCCAUAAAACAUCUGCUGUCUUUGAUGAAGGUGGAACUCAAGGUCUUCUCCUAAACUUCCUGUCAGUCUGUGACGAUAGCUGUGAGCUCCUGCUUGACUCUAAUGCCAUAGUGACACCUGCUAGAGACUCCACCACCGAAGCGCAGUCAACCAAAGACAGCUCCAUGGUCGACUUAUCAGAGCUCAGAGAUGUGUACAGUAGUGUGAACUUCAAUGCCUUCCAAAUCUGCCCUCACUUUUCGGAAUUUGAGUUCACUAAUUGGAACAAAGAAGAGCAGAAGUCACACUUCACAGCAGCUAUGGCCAAACUUGGAAGUGAGGAGCAUGCAUUUGACAUCAAUGCUCCAGCCACCGAGACCGAGAUGGACUAUCCUGAACCUAUGGGUGGAGACUUCAGUGAAGAUGACAUGCCAGACAUUGGGGACAUGGAAUUUGGCCGAGAUGGAUGUGAGGGUUCGGCCUUUGGUGGCACAUCUCACCCCAGCGCUCUCGCUAAUGCCACCUUGGCCUUUGCAGACGGACGGGAAGCACAACUUGUCUCAGGACAGGAUGGAAGUGCUGGGACAUUAGGCAGUGCUAUCAGUACCCUUGGCACCCUGUGUUUGGAGUUGUCGGAGCAACCCAACGAGUAUUCAUACUUCAAAUCCAGCAUGCUUGCUACAUGGGCAGGCCCCGAACACUGGAAGAUGAGGGCACGCCUAUCUAAGUUGGCUGGACUGGCAACUAAUAACACUGAUCAGGACCAGUCAAAAAAGAAGAAAACUAAGAAGGAUGCGUUCAAAGUGGAUUUUGAUGCUGAAUUGGAUUACAAGAUAUACUUUACUAAAGGAAGGGCGGCCACAACGUUAGCAAAGUCUACACUAGAAAAGCUGUCAUCGGACAAGACUACACUACCAGAGGAUCUCCACUAUGAUGCUGAUAAUCUAUUCAGGCUGUUUAUCAAACCCAAAAUCAUGGUUCGAAGACAGGCUGUUCAAACUCAACCAGAAGUCGCCGAUGAUGGAUCUGCAUGGUACAACUACGACAACCCUAAUGAUGCGGCUAACUACUGUCCGGCAGGCUCACAGGAUGAUGACGAAGACGAUGACAUCACUACUGGUGGGGACCUGGGACCACCGGAUAUGACCCAAGUACCGGAUAUGACGUGCGACAUGACGAACUCAUCACAGGGGUUGAAUGACACUAAUGGGAUGGACUUGACCAUGUUCGCGGGCGAUGGCCUUGUCUCGCAACCCAACAAGGUUCAAAAGAUUGACAUCGCUUACGCCAAAACCGCCAAGAAAAUGGAUGUGAAGAAGCUUAAGGAAGCCAUGUGGAAACUGAUUCAGGACACCGACAUUAACAAGGAAAACAUUCCAAACGAAGUAGAACCAGAGGUCCAUCUAAAUAAAGACGAAUUCAGCGAUCCUCGAUCCUUCAAGGAGAUCUACGGUCAGCUUCCCGCUUCCAUAUCCAAACACAUGGCCAAGAACCUAUCCGUCCCCAUCGCUUUCGUCUGCAUCCUACAUCUUGCUAAUGAAAAGUGUCUAAAGAUGACACCCUGCACGGAUAUGUCAGAUUUCGCAGUCAAAAAGGACUCCUAGUUCCCUACUGGCUCGCCAAACACUAGCGACAUCGUGGAAAAUAACGAGCGACUUUCUUUUAUAGGGAGUGUUCAUUAUAUAUCCUGAAAAUGAAGCAACAUCAUUUUCCAUGUCUUUCCUCCACCUUUCCCCUCGUGGUAUAUAAUUAACACUCCCUAACCUUACAUAGAAGUUAGUUAUGGAUAUCUCAAUUUCUCAUUUUAGUGAUCAUGAAAAAAAAGUCUGAUCGAUCUUUUAAAAAGUGUGAAAUAAAAUGGUUGACAAUAACCAUCCAAACUCCGAGUGGUCUGUUUCCUUCCCUGGCCGUCAACUUCCACUAUUACGGUCACCUGGGAACUACCAUUUAUUGUCUGCGAAGGAAAGUCCGUAAUAAUGGAGCCACUGUAUCUUAUAGUCCGUAGACCCGACUCGAGUAACAGUGUUUUUUUCUGUUUGUUUAUAUUCAAAACGCUCAUCUGUUUUAAAGCUACAACUUUUCUUGUAUUAUCUGAUACUUCAAAAUAAAAUUAAGCCUCGGCAGA